GCUUCCUUUUAAUUAGACCCAUCAUCACCACCACCACCACCACAGAGAUUAAAGGUGAAGAUGAGACCUGGAGUUGAAAGAGUGGCCCUAGGAAAUUAAUAUCCUGAAAUAAUUGAUCAUACGAAAUGGAAGGGGGAGAAGUACGACUAGCGAGGAGUGGGAAUAAGUGCCAAGACUGUGGGAACCAAGCGAAGAAAGGCUGUGAAUACAAGAGAUGCAGAACUUGCUGCAACAACAAAGGCUUCGAGUGCGAAACACAUGUUCACAGCACUUGGGUUCCUGUGGAUCGGAGAAGACGCCAUACAAGGCACAACCACAACAACCCCUAUCCAGACAAAAAGGUGUUGAAGUUUCCAGGUUGGUUGAGCAUGACAGCUAUGUUUCGGUGCGUACAAGUGAGAUCAAGGGAUGAUUGGGUGAAUGAAUAUGCGUACCAUACGUCGGUGACGAUUGGAGGACGUGUGUUCUGUGGUCUUGUAUAUGAUCAAGGACCUUCUCAAGAUCAUGGUGGUGUUGUUGGUGAGACUUCCUCAUCAGUCCCUCUUAUUCUUCAACAUAACAAUCCAAUCAACGUGCCAGCAGACACCCAUAUUGAUGCUGCAACAAUAGUGGCUCCUCCAUUAUCAUCGUCUUCUGCUCGUGACUCUGCCAUUCAUCCAACAUAUUCUUUUCCCUUUCCUUCUAUGCCUUAUUUCUCGAGCCCCCACCCUUAAGCAUCAUUUCUCUCUCAACUCAAGCCGACAAAGAGAGAGACGUUGAUGGCAUCAUCAAUCUUAGAGUACCCCCAGGAAGUAUUCAAUAAUUGGUGGAUAAUUUAUGUAGUUAAUUAGUCCUUCUUUUGGAGACAUUAAUAGUUACUUUGUCUCUCAUUAAGCCGAUAUAUGAUCCACCUGUUGUUACAGCUAUACGGCUAUCCCUGGAGGAUUUUUCUUGAGUAGGCUGAUCACACCCAUAUAAAUACAUAUGAUUCAAGUACUUUACCUGUG